CCAAAACAAUUUUUUCUUAACUUCUUGAGUUGAUUUCUUAAAAAAUACAUUUGAUUUACAUUUUACAAGCAAACAAUUUGUCUAUUCGUUUAAAGAUUUUAAAAGUUACAAUUGUGAGAUUGUAGCAGAUAUUUUUUAUUAAAUAAAAGACAUGAAGUUAACGGUAGACGGUUUGUUGGUUUACUUCCCCUACGAUUACAUUUACCCGGAGCAGUAUGCUUAUAUGCUGGAGUUGAAACGUGCUCUCGACGCUAAGGGACAUGGCCUGCUGGAGAUGCCUUCGGGAACCGGCAAGACCAUAUCACUGCUGUCACUCAUUGUGGCCUAUAUGAUACAGAACCCACACCAUGUCAGAAAAUUGAUUUACUGUUCACGCACUGUGCCUGAGAUAGAGAAAGUGUUGGAGGAAUUAAAAAAUCUGAUCAAAUACUAUGAGAAGAGUCAUGGCGAGAAGCCUAGUCUCACUGGAGUUGUUCUGAGCUCAAGGAAAAAUCUAUGUAUACAUCCAGAGGUAUCCCGAGAGCGCGAGGGUAAGCUGGUGGAUGGCAAGUGUCACUCUCUGACGGCCAGCUACAUCCGGGAGCGACACGACCGGGACAACUCACAGCCUGUCUGUCAGUUCUACGAGGGCUUCAACCGUGAAGGCAAGGAGUCCAUGCUACCGUACGGCGUGUACACCAUGGAUGACCUCAAACAGUACGGCGCGGACAGGAACUGGUGUCCCUACUUCUUGUCCAGAUUUGCGAUAAUCCACGCCGAGAUCGUGGUGUACUCGUACCACUACCUGCUGGACCCGAAGAUCGCGGAGGUGGUCUCCAAGGAGCUGCACAAGGAGGCGGUGGUGGUGUUCGACGAGGCGCACAACAUAGACAACGUGUGCAUAGACUCGCUCAGCGUCAAGCUCACGCGCCGCACCAUAGACAAGAGCACGCAGGCGCUGCAGACCUUGGAGAAAGCUGUCGCACAGUUGAAGCAAGACGACGCGGAGCGGCUCACACAUGAGUACGAGCAGAUGGUUGAGGGACUGCGGGAAGCGGCCGCGGCGCGCGACACCGACAUGAUACUGGCCAACCCUGUGCUGCCUGACGAAGUGCUGAACGAGGUUGUUCCUGGCAACAUCCGUAACGCGGAACACUUCCUGGGCUUCCUGAAGCGUUUCAUCGAAUACUUGAAGACCAGAUUACGAAUACAGCACGUGGUGCAAGAAUCUCCCGCAGGUUUUCUCAAAGACGUGGCAGCGCGCGUGUGCAUCGAGCGCAAGCCGCUGCGCUUCUGCGCCACGCGGCUGUCGUCGCUGCUGCGCACGCUGCAGAUCCCCGACCCGUCCAACUUCGGCGCGCUCACGCUGGUGGCGCACCUGGCCACGCUCGUGGCCACCUACACCAAGGGCUUCGUCGUCAUCGUGGAGCCCUACGACGACCGCACGCCCACCGUCUCCAACCCUAUACUGCACUUCUCAUGUAUGGACUCCUCGAUUGCCAUGCGACCCGUGUUCAGCAGGUUCCAAUCUGUCAUCAUUACUUCUGGAACACUAUCACCUUUGGACAUGUACCCUAAAAUCUUGGACUUCAACCCCGUGAUAAUGAGCUCGUUCACCAUGACAUUGGCCCGGCCUUGCAUCCUGCCCAUGAUAGUAUCCAAAGGCAGCGACCAGGUGACGAUAUCGUCCAAAUACGAGACCAGGGAGGAUGUUGCAGUCAUAAGAAACUAUGGACAGUUGUUAGUCGAGAUAUCGGCGUGCGUGCCGGACGGAGUGGUGUGUUUCUUCACCUCCUACCUCUACCUCGAGAGCGUGGUCGGCGCCUGGUAUGACCAAGGAGUGGUGGCGUCUCUGCAGAGGCACAAGCUGCUGUUCAUAGAGACGCAGGACUCGGCGGAGACCAGCUUCGCGCUCAUCAACUAUAUCAAGGCGUGCGAGAGCGGGCGCGGCGCCGUGCUGCUGUCGGUGGCGCGCGGCAAGGUGUCGGAGGGCGUGGACUUCGACCACCACCUGGGGCGCGCCGUGCUCAUGUUCGGCAUCCCCUACGUGUUCACGCAGAGCCGCAUCCUCAAGGCGCGCCUCGACUACCUGCGCGACCAGUUCCAGGUGCUGGCACCGCGACCACCGCCUGGGGCGCGCCGUGCUCAUGUUCGGCAUCCCCUACGUGUUCACGCAGAGCCGCAUCCUCAAGGCGCGCCUCGACUACCUGCGCGACCAGUUCCAGGUGCUGGCACCGCGACCACCGCCUGGGGCGCGCCGUGCUCAUGUUCGGCAUCCCCUACGUGUUCACGCAGAGCCGCAUCCUCAAGGCGCGCCUCGACUACCUGCGCGACCAGUUCCAGGUGCUGGCACCGCGACCACCGCCUGGGGCGCGCCGUGCUCAUGUUCGGCAUCCCCUACGUGUUCACGCAGAGCCGCAUCCUCAAGGCGCGCCUCGACUACCUGCGCGACCAGUUCCAGAUCCGCGAAAAUGAUUUCCUGACGUUCGACGCGAUGCGGCACGCGGCGCAGUGUGUGGGCCGCGCGCUACGUGGCAAGACCGACUACGGCAUAAUGGUGUUCGCGGACAAGCGCUUCAGCCGCGCGGACAAGCGCAGCAAGCUGCCGCGCUGGAUACAGGAGCACCUGCGCGACUCGCUCUGCAACCUCAGCACUGAGGAGGCGGUGCAGAUAAGCAAGCGCUGGCUCCGGCAGAUGGCGCAGCCGUUCACGCGCGAGGACCAGCUCGGCGUGUCGCUGCUCACGCUGGCGCAGCUGCAGUCGCAGGAGCAGCAGGACAAGAUCGAGCAGCAGGUCAUACAGAAGUGAACCUUAUGCACAGCUGCUUACGGUGGAAACUUCGGUGAAUGAUGUUGGGAGUUGAUGAGUAAAUACAAAUUAAAGUGAACCUUAUGUAUAACUGUUUAAGGUGGAAACUUCCGUGAAU